GGCAAGAGGACAAGGAUAGUGGAAAGAACGUAAAAAGAUGAUCCAUUUUUCAAACACUUGAUCACCAAGAAAAAUCCAAGAAUAGAUAUAAAUGGGAAAGAUAGAUCCAAAAUAUGUUGACAAAUUCCAUGUCUCUCUCUUCCCAUGUCAGUUAGUACUAAUUAUUCUUCUCUCUCUCUCUCCUUUGUACAGAGACACAGUGGUCCCACCAGAUCCAAAAUACUCCAUCCUUUCCGCAUUUCGAUUUUUGCCAUGACUUUGGACAAUCUAACAAGCUUCCUUUUUUCUUGGCUUUAUAGACUCUUUUUUGUUAAGUUCCAGUUUUCUCUGAGUUAAAUUUUACUCUUUUUGAGCUAUCUCCUCUUUCUGGUUGAUGGGGUUUCUUGGAUUUCUUUGGUGUUAGCUAGGAGCUGGAGCUAGCGUUGAAUGAGAUACAUCUUGCUGGUUUUUUUUUUUGUUCUGAAGCUGAGCAUUUUGAAAAAGACUUGAUCUUUGGUUCCAAGUAUUCUGCAUCCGUUCUGACCUUAAGCUCAGUGAAGCAGAGAAAACAAUGGAGAAAAUGAAACAUGCAUCUUUUAAUUUAGUAUGAGAUUGCAUAUUCUUGACAACAGUUGAUCUUCUUUUCGAUAUAAUUCUCCUCAUCACAUGAAAGUCAGAGCAAGACUCAAGUAAAUCUUUUGGUGUUGUAAACAAGAAAAUUGAAUCUUGAAGGAGAGAGAAAAUACGUCAAAUAGAAGAUAUCUCGAGAGUGGGAAGCUUUUCAUCUCUCUCCCUCAAAGGAGGGAAAGAAACAUGCGUGACCACUUUGGAGGGUAGAAAGAUGCAGUGCACUGGAUAUCUCCCCGAAUAUUACUACCCAAGAGAUCAUAGUGCAGCCCCGAGUGGUAGUUCAUGGUCAAUAUCUCACAAUGAUAUUACCUGGAACAGUAGCAGAGGCUUCAAUAUUUCAUUGCCUCAAUUCAUGCUGAACCAGAACCAGGAUUUAGUUCAUCAAAAGGAAAUAUUGAGACAGAUGAUACUCAGGCAUGAAUCAACAUUUAGAUAUCAGGUUAUGGAACUCCAUCGCGUAUAUGGAAGACAAAGGGAAUUAAUGGAUGAGAUUAAAAGGAGAAAACUAGUGGAGGAUCAUUUACACUUUCAGGCCGAGUCAAAUACAUUUAUGUCUCAGUUAAGGUCCGAAAUUUCCGGCAAAAGCUAUUGGCCCAUAGUAAACCUCACAAGCAUCGAGCCAUAUGCACCAAGUAAAGAAAUGUUUCAAGAGUCUUCUAAUUCUACCGGUAAGACUGUGCAACAAGGUGGUGAUUAUUUUUCAGGACGAAAUGUCUCAAAAGAAUGCAACUUAUCAUCAUCGAAAAGCAAUGUAUCAAGAAAGAGAAUGUUGGAUCUUGAAGUUCCAGCAGAAGAAUACAUAGACAAUGAAGAUGGGGAGCCAUUUGAAGAGGAAAAUCCUGUUAAAAAGCCCAAUAUUAUGAUCGCAGAGCUUCAACCUCAGUGUUAUUCUAAAGUCAACUUUGGAGAUUCAUCGAUUUCUCUCUCAAGUUGCAGGGGCACUUCUCUUUUGUUUGACCUAAAUGAACCCGUACAGCCUGUUGAAUCAGAGUGGCAGAAUUCUGCAUUUGAAUCUGAAAACAUUCACCAGCAAAUCAGGGAAAAUACAUGUGAACACAUCGCUGCUGUUAAAGACAAUAAGGUCUCUAACUGCACUAGUUCAGGGAAAGGCAUGGACUUAAAUUUGACACCUCCUAACCAUUUGUCUGAAUACCAGUCUGCGUCUACCUCCAACAUUUCCCGUCUUAAUUUCCCUGAAGGAAGAAAUGUAGAGAUUCAUAAAAAUUCUGAGGUUCUUGACAUUAGCGUUGUUCCUGAUUCUACAACUGAAUCUAGAAAAUGUACCAGGGAUAAUCACCUUAUAGCUGCUAGAAUUGAUAGCAAGCUUUCAACAACUAAUAUUUGCAUUGACUUAAACUCUUGCAUCAAAGAAGAGUUUUUAUCGUCUAGUCCAAGUGAAGCAACAACGCCUACUGCAGAAAGAGAUAUGGAAGUGGAAGGUCCUGUUAGCCCCGAAAAUAAGGAGUGUUCUCCACCUAGAGGAGAUUCUCAGGACAUUAUGAUUGGUACAUCACUCCAUUUGUCAAAAGGAGGCCAUAGUGAUCUCGUUGAGGAACUUGACAAGGUUGCAGCUGAUAUACUUAUUUUUAUUUCAUCAUCUGCCGUUCAGGGGUAUUCAAAGACUGCCAUCAGUGAAUCAUCUGAAGCUUCUAAUAACUAUCUAGGUUGGCUUGCUGAAGUUGCUGCUGCUUUGGCAAGAUUUCCAGAGAAUGAGGUUGAACAACGCAUGGAAGUCCAUUUUGAGCGUGAUAUAUCUCUUUCCGAUAGGAAUGAUUGCAGUCGGACUGUGAAGCUUAAUCUGAGAGAGUCAGUACCUGCAGUUGACUCUCUUUUGCAUCAGGCAAAUGAAAAAGAUAUUUCUCCAAAAACAUGUACGUGGAGGAAAACUCCGAGUAGGAUGAGUUCCAGAGCUAGGAGACGGUCCAAUGAUGGAAAGAGGACAAUGUGCUCACUCCUGCAGCAUACUCUGGAUACCAAGCAUGGAAUCACAGACAGAUUUUUGAAAGGCUGGGGGCUGACAAAAAGGCGGCAAAGGGCUCGGAGAGCUCAGUCUUAUAUUUGGUCUUCUUUUUCUUUUUUAGCUGAUGAGUAAUUUAAUGGAGAUUAUGGUGGUGACACCACCUAUAUUAUAGCCUCAUAAGUUAAGUUAUAGACUUAAUAGUACAGAAAGUUGAUUGCCAGUAUUAUCAAUUUUUGUCUUAGAAAUGUUAUGUACAGAUAUUUAGCCUAGAAUUCAUACAGGAUACUUCACUUAGUCCUAUGGAACUGUUCACAUUCAAGUUGUUAAUUACAGAAAAAACCACAUUUUGGUUCAUGGCA